UGCUCGCUUCGUCUUUUAUUUGUGAAUGUCGAAGUGGAAGGGAAGAAAGUACGAAUCGGAUUAUUGGGAACUGAAAUCAACACAUAAAUGCCAAUCGAAAUAUAGAUGGGUGCCAAAUGUAACUGGAAAGGAAAAGUGCAACAGCCAGACUAGGAUUCGAACCUGGGUCGUUAAAACAAAAAAACGAUGUCUGCAGAUUCAUCUAGCCCUGCUAGCCAUAGAUUAAAGGCUUACAAAAACAAAGCUUUGGAUUCGCAAGAGUUGCGUAGGCGGAGGGAGGAGGAAGGCAUUCAAAUCAGAAAACAAAAGAGAGAUCAACAAUUAUUCAAACGUCGAAAUGUUGCCAUGCCAACUGGUGCACCUGAUGAAGUGGCUGGGGAGUUCCAAGACAACUUUGUAUCUUCUACUCCAUAUACGGGUGGAAUAACUCAAGAAAUGGUACAGGUUUUAUACAGUGACAAUUUACAAGAGCAAGAAGUUGCAACUCAGAAGUUCAGAAAACUCCUCUCAAGAGAACCAAACCCUCCAAUAGAUGAAGUUAUACAGACUGGGAUUGUGCCAAAGUUUGUAGAAUUCUUACAGAAAGAUGGAAAUUGCACUCUCCAAUUUGAGGCUGCCUGGGCAUUAACAAAUAUUGCCUCUGGUACCUCCAUACAGACACGAAUCGUAAUUGAGGCUGGAGCAGUUCCUAUAUUUAUCAGACUCCUAGCCUCAGAAAUAGAGGAUGUGCAAGAACAGGCUGUGUGGGCUCUUGGAAAUAUUGCUGGUGACAGUCCAGAAUGUCGAGAUUAUGUGUUGGGGGAGGGAAUACUUGUCCCACUAUUACAGUUAUUAAGCAAGAAAACAAGUUUAUCAAUGACAAGAAAUGCAGUGUGGUGUUUGUCCAAUUUAUGCAGAGGGAAAAACCCACCUCCUGAUUUUAGCAAGGUGUUGCCAUCCCUGCCAGUAUUAGCCAAGCUCCUCUUCCACACAGACAAAGACGUCCUUUCAGAUGCCUGUUGGGCACUCUCCUACUUGUCUGAUGGCCCAAAUGAGAAAAUACAAGCUGUGAUAGAUUCUGGUGUAUGUCGGAGACUGGUAGAACUGCUCAUGCACAACCACCAGAGUGUGGUGUCUGCUGCCCUACGUGUGGUAGGAAACAUAGUGACAGGGGAUGACUAUCAAACACAGGUGAUCUUGAGCUGUUCAGCGCUGCCAUGUCUUUUACAUCUUCUCAGUAGUUCCAAAGAAUCAAUACGCAAAGAGGCCUGUUGGACAAUAUCAAAUAUCACAGCAGGAAACAGAGUACAAAUACAGUGUGUUAUAGAUUCAAAUAUAUUCCCAGUACUGAUAGAUAUAUUAGGAAAAGCAGAUUUCAAAACAAGGAAGGAAGCAGCAUGGGCGAUAACAAAUGCAACAUCUGGGGGCUCACCCGAACAGAUCAGAUUUCUGGUGGAUCAAGGCUGCAUAUCCCCACUUUGUGAUCUUUUGACUGUGAUGGAUGCAAAGAUUGUACAGGUGGCCUUGAAUGGUCUGGAAAAUAUCCUGAAGCUGGGAGAGCAGGACGCAAAACUACACAAUGGCACAAACCCAUAUGCUGUCAUGAUUGAAGAAUGCUAUGGUUUAGACAAAAUAGAGUUUCUUCAAAGCCAUCAAAACAGAGAAAUAUAUCAAAAGGCAUUUGACAUGAUAGAAAAAUAUUUUGGCACGGAAGAGGAAGACAAAACAGUAGCACCUCAAAUUGAUGAGAAUUCACAGCAGUUCCAAUUCAACCCCUCAGAAAAUGUCGCCUUGGAUGGGUUUCAGUUCUGAUUCUGUUAAAGAAAGUUAUUCCAUGAACAUCAGAAAAGAGGAAAAGCUGUGCCAUUGCAGUUCAGUUCUGCUAUGGAACUUACAUCAUAUGUUAUUCACAGAAAAACAGUAUUGAAGCUAAAGAAACCGAUGGAGGUUUUGUUUCCUUUCUGUUCCAGUCACAACAUGAAAAAAAAACUUUCACUAAAAAGUGAAUGUCAAUCGUUUUAUACUGAAAACAAACAGCAAGACAAGGAUAGAAACUCUCUUAUCUUUGUUUUAAGAUGCUGUGUAUCUCUAGAUUAUACUGAAGCUCUGAUGUUUUUUCGGAAAAGUUCAUAUGGCAGUAUAUAUCGGUGAACAGAAGAUAAACAAUUUGAGGUAUAUCAGCUGUUAAAAAUGUCUUGUGGCCUGUUGCAAUUGAAUUCCAUUCAGUUCAUUCAGAUUUCCAUAUAUAAACAAUGAAUAUGGAGAACUGAACAUACCUGAAUGCUGGAUGGGUCUCGGAGGUGUUACCAGAUAGAUAUGUUAAUAGAGUAGCUAGCGUUCCCUGAUACUAACCAGCUCCUUAACUUUUAGUCAGCUCUAUCCUUGAUUUCAAAUAUGUCUAUCAAGUGCUGUAGUAUUAUAAAUACAAUAAACAGUGGCCGUUUGAUAUAUCAAGUUUUAUUCUGAUGAAAAGGAUGAAUUAUGUUUUUAAUGUCAACAACAGAUUUAUGAAUCUAAAUUUUCAAUGUAUGUAUGAAGAGACAGACAUUAGGACACUUGCGGGUGGUGGUGGAGGGGUGGGGGACUAGGAGACAUUUUCGUUUACAACUAUCGGUGGUAUGAUUUCUUUAUUCUCCUUACUUGAUAGUUAAUAUUUUGGUGAGUGAUUGGGGUUCUGAAAUGACCUGGUGUCCAUCCAUAAUGAUCUCAUUUUGGAAAGACUUUAAGUUUGCGAAGGUCAAUAAUACUAUAUUUAGGACUUUCCUGAUUAAGUCUGUCUUACAUAUAACCUUGAUUAUAAACCAAUAUUCUUUUUAAAAGAGUUUAACGGGUCCCCUUUGAGGAGGAUACUGUAUACCGUGACAUUUUUGCCGCAGUUUAACUUCCACUGUUUUUCAUUACAGCAAAUAUUAGUUCACAACAUACACUAUAUAGUAAUUAUAUGUGAGUGGGGAAAUUAACACAAGGCAAACAUUGAUAUUAUCGGCAAAGGGCAAAUAUUGGACUGGGCGAAACUUUCUCAGUAUACAGUACUUAAAUUCGGAUUAAAAAUAUGAAUAUUAAUUACUUGGUAAAAUUGAUUGUCUUCACCAUCAAAAACUUCCAUUUAUAACUUCCAUUAAAAUAACUUUGAAAUAAUGUGGGUUUUAUAUUAAAAUGGAACUGAUUAAAAUGUCAGAAUUUGCAUACUCAUUAUAGACGGUAUUAGUCUUGGUAGCUUUGAACUAGUUAUUUAGUAUAUAAUGUGAAUGUGUACUUGUUGAGUUGCAGUUAUUUAUAUAUAAAAUAUAUUAAUGUAAUUUGUUACCAACAGGCUAUAUCAAGAAUGAAGCUCGGUUCCUACCUUAACUACUAAGUAUUAAUUAGUUAUACCAAUACAGAUCCCCGACACUGCUUCGGUCUGUGCAGCUGUCAAAAAAUCUCCAGCUCAGUGAGAGCACAACAUACUAAUUGGAGGGCUUUUCAACUGAGAUCAUGGAUCAGAGUGUUGAAAAGUGAGAAAUAUAUGAAUAGAAGUAAAAUUGCACAGCUUAAAUUGAAACAUGGGCAGGAUGUAUGGGUUUUUAGAAGUCUCUUUGAUUCACCCAAACAUUUGCUUAAAAAGUUCCAUUAUGUAUAAGUUUGAUAGUACCGUUAAUAUAUGAUUACAUUAAAUUGAUUUUGUUUCAGUAUGGUAGGAUGAUUUGAAAAUAAAAAUUCCAGUUUGAUGUUUUUAAACCAUUCAAAUUGUUAAGUACAGAUAAGGAGGAAUAAUUAUAUGGGUCUGUAAGGGAACCAAACGGAUUUUCUUAUUUUCAUAUACUGCUUAUAUCAAAUUGCAUAAAUUAGCUUUAGCUGCCAACACUAGUUAGAAAGCAGCUUUUUUUCAAGUUGAUUUAUGAACUGCGUUGAAUUUACACUCAUUUACUUAAAAAUGUGUACAAGUGUUGCCAUAGCAUAUGGCAUUCCAAUAUAACUGCUCCAAUAUCAACAUAAAAUUUUAAAGAAGUGUUUUCUUUCAUACAUCAGCUCAAUUGAAGUUGUCCCAGGGGAAGAGGACGUUGAUCUAAAACAAAUGUUUGGAGUUUUGGGAUUGUUUUUGAUCACUUACAAAUUGUUCAGCUUUUUGCAGUCAUAUGUGACUUUUUCCCUACAAUAUGCUAUUUUAUGGAUUGUUGGAAAGUAUUGCUGUCACUUUGGCUUUUUUCAGUGUUUAAUAAAGCUCUCAUUACAAAAC